AGUUCAAACCACACGUGGCAUGGUAUCACAGGAGUACCCAAAACGAUUGCACGAAGAGCACAACACAGACAACUAAAACCCCUUAAUUUCGCUACUUAAUAGAAGAUCCGUUGAAAUUCGAGUAACAGAGUCUCCGUCUUUGCUCUGAAAUCUCAUUUCCAUGGCUUCCCAAUCGCAGCCUUCUCUGGCCUCCAAAAUAUGCUCCGACAUAGCUUCUAUCUUCUCCAAAACCACGCACCCCCACGCGCCGCCCAUGGACGUAUUGGUAUCCGAGCUUGCAGCCGCCGCGACCCGAAAGGCCCGGGUCUUCCUCUACGGCGUCGGCCGGGAGGGCCUAAUGCUCAAAGCCCUAUGCAUGCGACUCGCUCAUCUCGGCCUCUCAUCGCACCAGGUUUUCGACAUGAACGCGCCGCCAAUCGCGGCUCAGGACCUCCUCAUCGCAUCCGCCGGCCCAGGCGGAUUUUCGACCGUCGAUGCGAUUUGUUCCGUGGCGAAAUCUAACGGCGGUAGGGUUCUGCUAGUGACGGCCCAGCCGGAGACCGGGUCGUCGGUGAAGCACGCGGAUGUGAUUUGUUACGUUCCGGCGCAGACCAUGGCGGACGAUGAGGAAGCGGCGGCGGCGGAGGGAGUGAAAUCUCGGCGGCCUCUGCUUCCGAUGGGAAGUUUGUAUGAAGGGGCUCUGUUCGUGUUGUUUGAGAUGGUGGUGUAUCGGCUGGGUGAGGCGUUGGGAGAGACGCCAGAAGCCGUCCGAUCACGCCACACCAAUCUAGAAUGAAUGGACCAGAUUAGCUUUGUUGGAUUUUAUUUAUUUUUUCCCUUCUUUUGCUUAAUUGAAUUUUUUUUCUUUUUUUACCACAUGUUGGGAGAGGAUUUGGUAUAAGCUAUGUUGGUUUUGACUUGCUUAGUUGGAUUGAAGGUACUUAUUUUGUUUUUUAAACUUUAAAUUAACAUUUGUUUUAUUUC